AUGGGUUCCCGCGACGACGGCGGGGAUCCGCAGAGCACAGGCGGAGGCGCAACGCUGUGGGGAAAGCUGGAGGAGACAUGCAGGUAUUACACGGGCCUUCCCAAGCCUCGCGUGGAGGCUCGGGUGGUGGAGUUCCGAUCCGAGAGGCAGUUUGUGUCGCUGCUGCAGCAGGGAAAGCCGGUCGCCGUGGCCUUCACCUUUUCCUGUGCACACACUCGUCACUUUGACGAGGUGUUUCGACAAGCAUCAGCUGACCUCCAUCCCCAUGUCAACUUCAUUCGGGUGGAUUGCCCCAAGCACCUUGGCUUUUGCAUCGCUCGACAGCGCAAGGACUACCCCUUUAUAGAGGUCUUCUAUAACUCGAAAGAGGCGCAGCCGCAGCGGGAGUUGUUCGCUACAGUGUCAUGGUUCUGCCUUACAACUAUGACGUUAGCGAUUAUGGUUUUAGAGAAUUCUUCAAGAAGCAUCAGUUAA